UGCCUUCAUGUUAAUUAGUGGCCAAAACCUUCACCCCUCCAACUUAGAGGUGGUAUCGCCCAAUAAUGGACUUUCAAGACUCAGCGUAAAUUAAAAACAAAAGCUAAGAGCCAUGAAAACGAUCAUCGCUGCAUAUUCCAGGGACCUGCAAGGGAGCAGGUUGUCUCUGCGCUCAGCUUUGCGCUCUCUGCCUGCUACUCCUGCGCUGCCCCAGCAGCAGCUCCGCCCAUGCCUACAGCUCUUCGCUGUUCUCCAAUGGAUCUUCUCUUUUCUAGUCAUGGGCUUGUUGGCCCUUGUGAUUCUUAUUUAUCUUUUCUUCACGGGUCUUUGGCCAGUUUCUGCUCUCUACAUAAGCUGGAUUUUGCUGGACUGGGACACGCCCGAAACUGGAGGUCGACGCAGUCACUGGGUCCGGAACUGGGCUAUUUGGAAUUAUUUUCGGGAUUACUUCCCCAUAAAGUUAGUGAAGACUCACAGUCUGCCUCCUGGCCGUAAUUACAUAAUUGGAUCACACCCACAUGGUAUUCUGUGCAUAGCAGCAUUCUGUAACUUCAGCACAGAAUCUACUGGUUUCUCCAAGAAAUUCCCUGGAAUCCGUCCCUACCUGGCAACACUGGCAGGCAACUUCCGGCUGCCACUUCUACGAGAAUAUAUGAUGAGUGGAGGAUUGUGCCCAGUGAAUCGGAAGGCAAUCAGCUAUGUACUGUCUCAGAGUGGCUGUGGCAAUGCAGUGGUUAUUGUAGUUGGUGGAGCUGCUGAGUCCCUGUCUUGCCAGCCAGGCAUUACCACUGUGAUCCUGAGCAGGAGGCGAGGAUUUGUGCGACUUGCAUUGGAACAAGGGGCAGACUUGGUUCCUUCCUUUUCCUUUGGUGAGAAUGAGCUGUACCAGCAAGUCCAAUUUCCAGAACAGAGCAUUCUCCGUACUGCUCAGUGGAAGUUCCAAAAGCUCUUCGGCUUUGCUCCAUGUUUCUUUUAUGGCCGUGGCAUAACAUCCAUAGAAUCAAAGGGCUUUUUGCCAUACCCCCGACCAAUCACAACUGUUGUGGGUGAGCCAAUAAGUGUUCCCAAGAUCCAGGACCCAAGCCCACAGACUGUGGAUCUAUACCAUAACAUGUACAAGUGCUCCCUGCUCAAACUGUUCCAUGAGCACAAGACCCAGUAUGGACUGACAGAGGAUGCUGAGUUACGGAUCCUAUGAGGGGCAAGGAGGGGAGAGGGGUGUAGAGUACAGGGCCUGUGGGGUGGAGUUUGGAUUCAGGGAAUGUGGGCAUGGGUGGGAUGUAGCUAAAGCCAACUAUUACUUUAGGGACCCUGAUGCAUUUUGUGCUGUAUCAUGUGCAUGCUUUAGCUUCUCAUUUUUGGAUGCUUUUAUUUUUAAGUGUUACAACAUAAAUAUUUUAUGUUGUACAUUAGAUCAGAUAUGUAUGUACAGUAUAUAUAGUGUAUCAUGUUUUGGUAAUUUUUUGAAAACACAAAAUAAAAAUGUAUACAUAAAUA